AUGAUCCCUCGCAGCGAUCGAGUGAUCUUCCAUCUCGAACCGAGUCCAGAGAUCAAAGCCAAGAACGCUUCCCCUCCUUCCUUAGCCAAUAUGGAAACAAAACCCAGCGAGGCAAGCUCUGGCACGUCUGCUACGCGAUGGAACAGCAGCAAGCGUAUCGCCAUCGCCAAAGAGUCACGCAAGCCUCGCGUCGUAGCACCUGCCACGCCUUGGCGUUCGCGCACCUCACACAGGCCACCUUCUACUGCUGCCGACGAGCAUCACUUCAGCCCGCUCGAUCGCAAAGCUGCUGGCUCUACACUGAAACUCGAGCUCGGAGCCAAAUCUGAGCCCGUCACGGUCUCUUCCGCUCCAACUUCGGCAACACUUGUUGCUGGAGGCGAGAAGGAGAGACAGUCGGCCAUGGAAGCAGAUGCAUAUCGACACACUCUGCAGCCAGUCGCACCUACAAUGGAGCGGGGCGAGGAGUGGCGUUCUGAUCGUUGGAGGCUGCUACGACCUGAGCCGAACAGCGCUGCGGACUCCUUCAAUCGUCAUGUGCAUGCUCGCACCGAUGCUUACCGACAGGACCAAGCCGCGUUCAACUGUCCUCCUCAACGUACGGGACUAGGAGUAGGAAGUGCUGCGUACCAGGCAUCAGCAAGAAGCGCAGAAAUGUGCUGGCCAUCGGACAAGAACAACGAGACCAACGUCUAUGUCAAUGGUCUACCGGAAGAGAUGAACGAUCAUAUGCUGUAUCUUCUUGGCUCAGCAUGCGGUGUAGUGAUCAGUCACAAGUCGAUGCUGGAUCGACAGACGGGACUAUGCAAAGGCUUCGGCUUUUUGAUGUAUGCCAGCAGUGAGAUGGCUAAGAAGGCAAUCCAGUGGCUUAACUCUCACGGAUUCUUUGCUUCUUUUGCCAAGGAGUCGUUCUCUGCCAGGCUCCGCAGGAUGGCAGACACAUCCUCGACCAACGUUUAUCUCAGCAAUCUCCCGCUCAAGUUCACCACGCAGCAGCUUGAGCAGCUGUUUGCGCCUUACCCGAUCGCCAGUCUCAAGAUUCUAUACGAUGUCCACGGCGAAAGUCGAGGCGUGGGUUUCGUUCGAGUGUACGAUCGAGCCACGGCAAAGGAGUGCAUCGAUAGGCUGCACGGUCGGAUGCUGCCUGGGACGACGCUGCCGUUGCAGGUGAGGUUUGCGGAUAGCGAAGCACAAAAGCACCUCAAGCACAGUAUGAGCCAAAAGCACACGUUGGAGUCGCUCGGCUUGGGACCAUUCGUAGCUGGUGAUGCACGUGCAGUUGGUGAUCAUGCUUUGCAGUAUCCAGGAAUAGAGAGGAUCAGAUCGGCGAGCGAGCUAGAUGCAGCCGUAGCACAUGCUCAAAAGAUGGCGAAGAGCAAGGCUAGACUUGGAACUCAGCUGCCUACUCACCCAAUGUGGGCCCGUACACAUGUGGUUGGGGUGCAUUCUCCUGGAAUGGCGCCUCAUCUAGGUUUCAAUUCAACCGGGAUGAUGCCUUCUGAGGAAAGUGCAGAAGUGAUGUACGCAGGCCCGAAAGGAGCCUGUACCUUUGGCCGCCCUUUGGCUAUGUCGCCUUUGGUCGCUGGUAGAUGGGAGCAAAGCAAUGGAUUAGGCGGCUUGCCCAAGGCUUUCAUCCCGCCUCCUGGCUUGACUCAUCCGGCCAAUGCUGUCCAAUACUUGCAGGACACUGGCAGUCUACUUGCCGAAGAAACUUGCGACGACCGCCCAGACACGACCAAGCCUCUCCACGGGGGCAGUCGUCACUUGCGCCACCGAAACAGGCAGGCAAGCGCGCGCGUACGUUGUAGCGCCAACAGCGGCGCGGACGCAACUCAGCGAGCAGUUUCAGAUCCAAUGGCGAUGCUCGCCGCGCAAACACGAAUUCGUGAGGCGCUUGGAUUGCGCGAGCGUGUACGUGCGGCUGUUUCGGCGGACAACUCGAUCGACGAAGCACAACAUGCCAUCCCUACUAACAACGACGGAUGCAUGCGACGCUCUGAAAGCAUCAGCAGCAUCGACCAAGAUGACGGCGGCGUUGACAACGACGACGACGUCGAUAGUUGCGUGGAAGACGACAGUCUCAGCGUCGAGCUUCUGAUCAAUGGCGCUUGA